CCUUCUAUCACGCUUUCUAAACUCUCAGCAACGCGCGCCCGCUUCCCUAUUCCUUUCCGUUGCUCGACGUGGAGAAGAAGGGUGCAUUGCGGCGAGGAAGGUGCUGUGUCCGUACGGCGCUUUCACGUUUCUUACGGAAACGCACGCACACGCGCUUUCCUUUUCAUUUCCGCCGCAUUGUCUUCUUCUUCUAGUCCCAAGAUGGUUGUGCAGAAGCAGAACUUUGUAGUUGAUUUGAAUAAGGCCCUUGUUUUCCAGGUUGGACAUCUUGAAGAAGCUUAUGAAGAGUGGAUUCACCAGCCCAUUGUUAGCAAGGAAGGCCCCCGUUACUUUGAAAAUGAUGUUCUGGAGUUCCUAACCCGCACAGUCUGGUGGGCAAUACCAGUCAUUUGGCUGCCAGUUGUAUGUUGGUGUAUAUAUAACUCUGUACGAAUGGGCCUCAGUUGUCCUCAUUUAGCUCUAAUGGUGGUUCUUGGCAUUUUUGUUUGGACAUUGAUUGAAUACUCAUUGCACCGAUUUCUUUUCCACAUUAAAACAAAGACCUACUGGGGAAAUACCUUGCAUUAUCUUCUCCAUGGCUGCCACCAUAAGCACCCCAUGGAUGGCUUGAGACUCGUUUUUCCCCCUGCUGCAACAGCUAUACUAUUGAUGCCGUUCUGGAACUUGGUGAAGCUUAUAUCAACCCCUUCAACUGCGCCUGCUUUGUUUGGAGGUGGGUUAUUGGGUUAUGUAAUUUAUGAUUGCACCCACUAUUACUUGCACCAUGGUCAGCCAAAGACUGAAGUGCCCCGAAAUCUCAAGAAGUACCACUUGAACCAUCACUUUCGGGUCCAGGAUAAAGGCUUUGGGAUCACUUCAUCACUAUGGGAUAAGGUUUUUGGAACACUUCCUCCAACAAAAAUGGAUGACAAAAGUUUGUAAAUUCUUGUCAAGGGUAGCAUAUGUUCGUUGGUUAAAAUAAUAGCAAAUUCAGGAAUUCCUGUCUUUAUUUAUUUAUCUAAUUUAUUAUUUGUUCCCCCCACAAUCAAUGAUGUUUUCUGGGGUGUUAGCGUGCCAUCGUUUGUCAAUUUUGUGAUGCCAAAGUUCUAUAAUUACACAUUCUGUAAAAAUUGAUUUCUUGUAUCAGAUUGAUUUAUGAUGGAAAGCUCACCUUUUGCACGUCC